GUCUGCAGUCUCUGGCCAUCUCCUGUAGUACAUCUGCAGUCUCUGGCCAUCUGCUGUACUAUAUCCUCAGUCUCUGGUCAUCUCCUGUAGUAUGUCCGCAAUCUCUGGUCAUCUCCCAUACUGUGUCUGCAGUCUCUGGUCAUAUCCUGUAGUACAUCUGCAGUCUGGUCAUCUGCUGUACUAUAUCCUCAGUCUCUGGUCAUCUCCUGUAGUAUGUCCGCAGUCUCUGGUCAUCUCCCGUACUGUGUCUGCAGUCUCUGGUCAUCUCCCGGUCUGUGACCGCAGUCUCUGGUCAUUUCCCAUACUAUGUCUUCAG